AUGCAUUGGCAGCCAUUAAGCAUAAUGCCGCUGGUGGCCGCAGCGGCGACAGAGUGCCGUCUCAGCGGAGAAGGGAGUAUCAAGCGAGACAUCAUCAUCAACCCGAGCGAAGGUCACAGGUGUCGCGUGCUCCUGCACGGCAACCUGCUGGCGCGCUACACAGUGCAGGUAGUGGGAGGGCCCAGGAAACCCACCCUCCUGCACAAGGAUGCUCCAAGGAAAUUCAACCAAGCCUUUGAGCUCUUUGAUCCCAACGCCUUCUUUCGAAGCUACUCGGUCUGCCGCGACACCAUCCAUCAGAUGCUCGCGCAGACACUUCUCCUCUGCAACAUCGACCUUGCCGCCGACAACUGGGACACCUUCCUUCCCCACAAUCUGGCUACGUUUGUGGCGGAUGGAUCCCGCCGUGACACCGAUGAGAACGGUGGCAUCACCCUCCGCUACAACAUGGAAAUGUUUAUGACCAUCUGGGUGGAGGUCAUCUAUAGAGAGCCCAAGGUGCUGCUUCUGGCGUGCGACAAGCGAGCCAUGGUGACUCGAUGCCUAUUCGCGGCGACACCGACCGACUUCAUCUUGCCAUGGUUCCACUCCUUCCACCGCGGCUGCAUCUUGCCAUGGUUCUACAAGGUGGCCAAGUGCCCAAAGUGUCGCCAUGACUUGGGCAAGUACCUUGUCGCUGCCACAGACGCCUCAAUGGGGAAGUUCCCUGGACAACCCUGA